UGCUCUCCCGGAAGUGCCGCUGAGUCAACGGCGGGGGCGUGUCUGCAGACGCUCCGCGUGUAGUUGCUAGAGAAACGCGGGCCGGCGGGCCAGGCGCGGGUACUUUCCCUGCCGAGGUGGUUUGGUCUUUUCCGGAGCGAGCCGCGAGCCUGUGCGGGGGCCCAGGACCGGAGCCUGACUGGGUGUCUGGCGCGACGCCAUGGAAGUAGUGGAGGCCGCCGCUGCUCAGCUGGAAACUCUGAAAUUCCACGGCACGGGCCUUGGGGCUGGCCAAGGUCAGGAGGUGCCGUCUCCCGGCCCUGUUCCUAUCCCAGAGCCAGGGCCGCCACCACCGUCGGAUGAGGGGUCCCCGGACACUGGGCAGGCCGCCGAGGCUCAGCCGGCCGGGGAGCAGCCACCUGCGCUCGCGCCGAGCACUGCGGCGGGAGGGAGUCCCGCGCCGCCGUCGCAGCCACAACUGCCACCCGCAGGGAACUGCGUCACCGGCCCGGGCGCUGCAGAGCUGGCGGGGACCCCAGACUCCUUGGAGACCUCGGACUCGGAUUCGGACUCGGACAGUGAAACAGAUUCAGAUAGCUCAAGCUCCUCCUCUUCCUCAUCAUCUUCCUCCUCAUCUUCCUCUUCCUCUCGUAUGUCGUUUCCUCCAGUGCUGUCAGAUGGAGAAGAUGAUUUCCAAGUUGAAAAGGAAAAUAAGAAUUUUCCCCUUAAAACAAAAGAUGAGUUACUUCUUAAUGAACUACCUUCUGUUGAAGAGCUCACUGUUAUUCUGCCUGAAGAUAUUGAAUUAAAGCCUCUUGGGAUGGUUUCAAGUAUUAUUGAGCAAUUGGUAAUAAUUGAAUCUAUGACUAACUUACCUCCAGUUAAUGAGGAGACUGUAAUUUUUAAAAGUGAUCGACAGGCAGCAGGAAAGAUAUUUGAGAUAUUUGGACCUGUUGCACAUCCAUUUUAUGUGUUACGGUUUAAUUCUUCAGAGCACAUUGAGAAUAAAGGUAUUAAAAUAAAAGAUACUAUGUAUUUUGCUCCAUCAAUGAAAGACUUCACUCAAUAUAUAUUCACAGAAAAACUUAAACAGGAUAGGGGAUCAGAUGCGUCAUGGAAGAAUGAUCAGGAGCCACCACCAGAAGCCUUAGAUUUCAGUGAUGAUGAAAAGGAAAAAGAGGCCAAACAGAGGAAAAAAUCUCAGAUUCAAGGCCGGAAAAAAUUCAAAUCUGAAUUUAAUGAAUCAAGUGAAGAUUUUGCAGAAGUACGUCAGAACUGGAAUGCUCAUAGCUCUUCUUCAGAGCAUGCAAAAGGAUAUCGCAACAAAGAAUUUACACGAGCAUUUUCCCAGGGUAGAUAUCCUCAACCUUGCCAUGGCAGGCCCCCACCUCCACAGUUUUAUAAUUCAGAACAUAUGGUCCCUCAGGAGACUCCAGGAUUUCCACCUCAGAGACAAGAUAAUCCUAUCAUGCCACAGUAUCCCUUUCCUCCUCCAGUGUUUGACGUGCAUAAUUUUUCACUCCAUCCUCCACCACCACCACCUCCACCGCCUGCAUCUGUAAACAUGGGUUGGGCUGCACCGGGCAUGGCACCUCAUCCAUUACUUCCCUUACCAUACUCCAUACCUCCACCUCCUCCCCCUCCGCCCCUGCCUCCUCCCCCCUCUUCUGGAGAUGGUAAUUCUUCUCAUUUUGGACCUUACUAUUAGGUGAAUGUAUACAUUUCCAGAGAAAUGUGGACUUUUUAUAUUAUACGGGAAGGAUUUUUUUUUUAAAAAGGAAAGCGGUUAUGGAGCUAGAUUUUUAAAACAUUGUAAAAUACUAAAUGACUCAUUCAGUUGUAAGUUGAUAUAUAUUUGUAACCUUUGUGAAAUUGUAUCCAUAUGAAAAUCUCACUUUAAAUUCGUUUGGGUGAGAUCCAAUUAUGUAAUAUUUAAUUAAAAUUUUGAAUCCAUGCUUUCCCCAUCCCUGCCCAAUUUAAACACAUGUAAAUCUAAUAAUAGAUCUGGAGCAACUUUCAUCAUCGAUUAAAAUAUACCGAACACAUUGUCUCUUGGUAUGUCUGAAAAUAAGAUGUUGAAGUCCUGUUGAGAGUCUUUAAAAUAAACUAUUUUUAUAAACUUA